AUGGAGUAUGUAUGUCAAGUUCGUAAGCCGGCAGAAACUCUCGAGGUGGCUGUGGCCGGAGGUGAGGCGAAAGUCACCUGUCCGGUGUAUGUCUUGUUCUUGAAGGCAGUGAUGGGUGGCUUCUUUGCUGCCCUGGGAGGCCACGCCGCUUUCGUUUUGGCGUCGUACUUUUACGCAGAACAGCAGGUCGGUGCGUCCAAGGUAGCGUUCGGUCUCAUUUUUACGAGCGCGCUCGUCUGCAUCAUCUUCACUGGUACGGACCUGGUGACAAGCAACUGCAUGACCUUCGCCUUGUUGGUAUACACCAGGAAAGUCAGCGCUCUCGAUUACGUCAUUAGAAUGACCACGUCCCUCGUCGGCAACUACUCGGGAGCGACAAUUGGUGCGGCAAUGCUUAGCGCCGGCACCGGUUUCUUUAUGGAAGGGGUAGGGUCUGGUUCGAAAUACAUGAAGGCUGUAUACGACGCCAAGGUUGCGCUGCCAUUCUGGCGCGUUAUAUUUAGUGCUAUCGGUUGCAAUUGCUACGUGUGCAUGGCAGUUUGGUGCUCCUACGCUGCUCUGGAUUCGGCAGGAACAGUCUUGGCCAUAGUGUUGCUCAUUGCAAGCUUCGCCGUUGCAGGAUACGAGCACAUCGUCGCGAACUUUUACACGCUCCACGCGGCGCUCAUGUCGUGCAAGGAUACGUCGUUUGUCUCCGUAUAUGCAUACAACUUUGUUCCGACGCUUAUAGGAAACUAUAUCGCCGGCUCGUUUGUUAUCGGACUGCCGCUCUUUAUUUUGUACGCUCCCAAACGAGAAGCGGUCGUUAUAGAAUCACAAGCAGAGACAAAUGUCUGA